AUAGAGGUAUGAUGAUUGUAAAUUGUAAAUUGUAAAUGGUGGAUUUGAUCGGGUUUUUAGCCGAUCAAAAAUUGAAUUGUCAAACAAAAUUACCAAACCUGUCAACGCUCCUAAAUUCCAGAUAAUUCUGUGUGUCAAAACAAAGAUAUAGACGAAGACAGAGAGGAAGAGAGCUACAGGGUGAGAAAAUGUCGUGCUUAUUCUCAUGCUGCGCAUCUCUUGCUUGCGGUUGUUGCACAUCAGUAGCUUCUGGAAUCUCCAAGAAAUCUGCUAGGAUUGCUUAUUGUGGUCUUUUUGGUGCUUCUCUUGUUCUUUCUUGGGUUCUUCGUGAAGUCGGCUAUCCUUUGUUGAAGUCUUUUUCUUGGAUAAACAAUGUUGAGCACACGAAAGAAUGGUAUCAGACAAGUACAGUUCUUCGGGUCAGUUUGGGAAACUUUCUAUUUUUCACAGUGCUUGCCUUGAUAAUGAUUGGUGUGAAGGAUCAGAAUGACAAACGUGAUUCGUGGCAUCAUGGAGGAUGGCUUGUGAAGUUCAUUAUCUGGCUUCUACUUAUCGUGCUUAUGUUUUUUAUGCCCAAUGUCAUCAUAGAUAUAUAUGGGGUCUUGUCAAAAUUUGGUGCUGGCCUCUUUUUAUUGGUACAGGUUGUUCUACUAUUGGAUUUCACUUAUGUAUGGAAUGAUGCUUGGGUUGAGAAAGAUGAGAAAAAAUGGUACAUUGCAUUACUUGCAGUAUCAGUUGGAUGCUACAUCGCUGCUUUUGCGUUCUCUGGAAUUUUGUUUAUUUGGUUCAAUCCAUCUGGUCAAGACUGUGGGCUCAAUGUUUUCUUCAUUGUUAUGACCAUGAUUCUUGCUUUGGCAUUUGCUAUUAUUGCACUGCAUCCAACGGUUAAUGGAAGCCUCUUGCCAGCCUCAGUGAUAUCUGUCUACUGUGCCUAUGUGUGUUAUACUGCUCUUUCAAGCGAACCUCGUGACUAUGUUUGCAAUGGUCUUCAUAACAAAUCCAAAGCAGUUACUGUUGGUACCCUUGUUCUUGGAAUGAUCACUACGGUACUAUCGGUCUUGUAUUCAGCCCUUCGUGCCGGCUCUUCUAAGGCUUUUCUGUCACCCACAUCAUCUCCAAGGGCAGGUGCAACAAACCCUCUUUUGGGUUCAGAGGAUACCGAAGCAGGAAAAAACAAAGGGAUUUCAGAACCUCGGCCUGUCAGUUACUCGUACACGUUCUUUCAUCUAAUAUUUGCUCUCGCUAGCAUGUAUUCUGCCAUGCUUCUCUCGGGAUGGACAAGCACAAACGAAAGCUCGGAUCUUAUUGAUAUCGGGUGGGCUUCCGUUUGGGUAAAAAUCUGCACAGAAUGGGUGACUGCCGGGAUUUAUAUCUGGUCUCUUGUGGCACCGUUACUCAUGCCAGACCGUGAAUUCUUUUAGAAAAUUGCUGAAUCAAUCAUGAAUUCAUUGAAAUCUUCUUGUCAAUGGAUGUUUGUCUAUUUGAACCCAAAAUUUGGCAAGGAAGCAUUUACAAUAUAUUUCCUUGUAAUUAGCCCAUCUUUUAGACCUCUCAUGUAAAGUCUCUUCUAUGUUGUAGAAAAUUAUGUUUAACAUGUUGACUUUUUGUGUAUAUGAAAUUAUUACUUCUACUGAGAUUUGUUUGUUGUUGAAAAUUGACAUUCUCCUUUUUUGUUGGAAUAUAAAUUUUAAUCAACAUGAAUCUUGAUUC